AUGGGCAUCACCGAGCCAUCAUCCUCACAGCAGGAUGAUCCAGAGGCGGGCAAGGUGGACUUUAAUGAACCAGCACAUGAAGAAGAGGAGGAAGAGGUCGACAAGUUGAUGGGAAAUGAUCGGAAUAAUAACAACAACCAAAAUGGCCACAACCAAAACGGCAAUCGCCAGUCACAGUUUAUCCAACUGCAAAUAGAGGUCACUGAAAACUCCAACGGAAUCUACGGCUACAUUGGAGGAAACACAGCUAAACAACAGCAGCUAAAUUCUAGUCAACAACAACAACAACAUCAGCAGCAGCAAACCAAUGGCCUUGCUUAUCAGCAGCAGCAUUAUCAAAACAAGCAGCAACAGCAGCCCAAUCCACUUCACGAACACCAGCGAAUGAACAUGAUGAACAGCAAUGGAACUUCAAAGAAUCAACACCUCACCAAAAAUCACCUUUCCUACCUUCAGCAGGAGACGAGAAGCAUCAUCGAUGCUCAGCAGCAGACGAUUAAAAAGCAGGAAAAGGACAUGGUCACCAUCGACCAGGAGUUAAACGCAGUUCAAAGACGCCUAUCAGCAAACGAACGAGUCGUCGCACAGUACCGCGCCGAGAUGGACUACCUCCACGAGAUUUGGCUCGACCAGGAGGCCCUUUUGGGGCGUCUUGAGGCGGAGAACCUCGAAGAGGAGCUCGAGCGACUGAUCACCGAGGCGAAGGCCUAUGAGGACGAGCUGGCGGAAGUUCGAUCGAGGUUGUCCACCUGCGAGGCGGACAUCGCCCGAAGUCGUGAGCAGAUUAGCAGUCUGAUGGUGCAAGUGGACGAGGCAGCUAAAGCUAAAGAUAAGGAAAGGAAAAAGGAGGAGGAUAAAAGUGAAAAUGAGCAGCAGCAGCAGGCAAAGCUGUACAGUUCGUUGCAAAAGUCCAUUCUCGAGAAAACAAAGGAAAUUGAGUCUCAGAAACUCGACCUUAACCUCCUCUGCGCCUCAAUUGAACGCCUCGACCAGACAAUUCAGGACAAGAAUGGCAUCAUCGAUCAGCUCGUGGUGGAGAUCAAGGACGCCAAUGUCGAAGGCCUCAGUCUCAGUGGAGCGUUGAAGGGCUCUUCAGCGGGUGAUGGACUUACAGUUCGACUUGAUGAGAGUCACCCGCAGAAUCAGAAGUCUCAGCAGAGCUCUAAUCAUCAGAUGCUGAUGCAGAAUCCGCUGAACUCCACAACUUCAACAAGUUCAAGCUCAACUCGGAAGAUCUCCGUCCUGCCGAGUGAGCUGGGGAACACUGUGCCGACGAAGAAGAAUCCCGACGGAAUUUGGGUCUAG